CGAACUCGACGUUUCAGUCUCCGCCCAACUUGCGGUUAAAUCGAUUGAUUCUCGUGUUCAGAAAACCAACAGAACUCUAUUCAAAAUGAAGCACCUCGCAGCUUACCUCCUCAUCGCCCUUGCCGGCAACGAGACCCCCUCUGCCGACGAUGUUAAGGGUGUCCUCUCCUCCGUCGGUGUCGACGCCGACGAGGAGCGUCUCCAGAAGCUCAUCUCUGAGCUCGAGGGCAAGGACAUCAACGAGCUGAUCGCUCAGGGUACUGAGAAGCUCGCUUCCGUUCCCUCUGGCGGUGCCGGCGCUGCCGCUGCCCCCGCCGCCGGUGGUGCUGGUGAGGCCGCUCCUGCUGAGAAGAAGGAGGAGGAGCCCGCUGAGGAGUCCGACGACGACAUGGGCUUGGGUCUCUUCGACUAAGCGCAUUCGCCUGGAGAGUAAAAAAAUUUGCUACGGAUUGUGGAGGAACAGAAUCGGACAGUUAUUUUCAGCCUGGGGAGUAAUCUCGCCCACUGGUUUUGUCAAGCCUGGAUGGUUCGGGAUGCUGUUACGAAUUACGCAUAUGUGAGCU